UAAGGAGAGGGUGAGUAGAGAGACUGGGAGGGGGCAGGCUGCUCUCAUCAAAGGACCUCUCAGACUCUACAAGUUAAUGACGGAUGUAGCAGAGACCCUGAAGCCCUCAGACCCCGACAGCUACACACAGACAGACGGACAGCCAGAGAGACAGACCGACAUACAGCGGAAAAAAAACUGAGUUUGAAAUGACGUGGCGUGAGCUACGUAGUAAGCAGUUCUGGCGCGCCAUUCUCGCAGAGCUGCUUGGCACCCUGGUUUUAGUGAGCGCCGUGCUGGGUGCAUCUAUGCCAGGCCCUGGAGAGGCCCCCACGGGACCCCUGUACCCAGCAGUGGCAGUGGGUGUGACGAUUGUCGCACUGGGACACUGUUUUGGAGAAAUAAGCGGGGCACAGGUGAAUCCUGCAGUGACUUUGGCUCUGUUGGCCACUCGGAAGCUGGAAGUUGUCAGAGCUGUUGUUUACAUGGCUGCACAGUGUUUGGGGGCCUCUUUAGGAGCCGGGGCCCUCUACUUGGCCCUGCCAGUCAAAACCACUGCAGACCACUUCGUCAACAGGGUUCCUAUAGAGUUAAAUGCAGCCCAGGCUCUGGGCAUGGAGGUUUUGUGCACCUUCCAGAUGGUCUUCACUGUGUUCUCAGUAGAGGAUCAGCGGCGGAGGGAAAGCCCAGAACCAGGAAACCUGGCCAUUGGAUUAGCACACACUGCUGGAGUGCUAAUAGGGGGGCGGUUUUCUGGUGCUAGUAUGAACCCCGCACGUUCUCUGGGUCCAGCCAUCAUCACUGGAUUCUGGGAAAACCACUGGGUUUAUUUGAUCGGACCAGUGAUCGGUGCUAUACUGGCUGGAGUGUCCCAUGAGUUCUUCUUUGCACAAAGCGCCUCUCGCCAGAAGCUCGUGGCUUGUCUGACCUGUAAGGACAUAGAGAUUGUGGAGACGACCAGCAUGACGGGAUCAUCUCUGUCCACCGUCACACCGAACGCCAUGAGAGCCAAGCAGGCAAACAAACAAGAAAACAACUGAGGACACAUGCAUAAACAAACACAUAGAAACACAAUAUUACAGUGAUUUUUAUGAAGAUGCAUAGUGUAUCAAUUGUGCAGAGCUGGCUUGACGGCGGGAUUUAUCCUACAUUCAAUAUUACUGUUUCGAGUUCUGAAGCACUUUAUGAAUGAAAUGAAGAAGUAUUAAAACCCUUUACUUAUAGCAACACCUCAAGAGAUAAAUUGAACAAUUGUUUAUUAAUUGUAAGAUUGAUUAUAAGUUUCAUCCCCAGAUCUUUCUUUUAAAGUGUCCUUGUGCAAGACACUGAACCCUGAAAUGUGUCCCACAAUGAUAAAUCCGACGUUUAUUAACUCAAUUAAUAACUUUUUUCUAUAAAGUUUCAGAGGUGUUUAAGGAAAUUAUGAAAUAUAAAUGAAAAUGAUGAAAUAGCCAUUAUAAUUUCCCAAAGCCUAAGGUAUUCAAAUGUGUUGUUUUGUCUGACCAACAGUCUAAAACUAAAAACUUUAAUAUUUGAUAUUUUCUGCCUGAAAAACGACUCACACGAUUUAUCAAUUAUCCAAAUAGUUGCAGAUUAAUUUUCUGUCGAUUAAUUGUCUAAUUGUUUAA